CGCUCCAUUUCACAGAGGUUGGGGUGGGGGACUUUUCCUCAAAGACAUUUACACUUUUAACAAAUACAGCAGGCAUUGCCUUUUGUUCAGACGUGUCGGAAGUACUAUCUUCUGUUGUUAAACGGGUGUAAAACUGCGACAACGUGUUGGAAGUGAAACACAAUGUGACAUUAAAAAAUAAACCUCACCCCCGCAAACAGUUAGUGGUGGCCGGCGUGGAGUCACCCAGUUGCUGCUGUGUCCAUCAGCUCUGCUAUAAUCGAUAUCUGAUCGGCUAUUUGCCUGUGUUGGACGGUUCAUCGACUCCGUGUCUCUCGUGUCUCCGUGUGGCCAGCCUGCACUGGGACCAUGCUCCGUGUGAGGUCCGCGGUGUGUCGCUCCUGGAGGGGGUUUAGGAGCUUCCCCUGUGCAGCUGUGGCGGUGAAAAAUGAGCCAAUCCUGGAGUUCAGAGAGGGGAGUGCAGAACGGAAAGAGCUGCUGAAGGCCUUGGACAGUCUGAAGGGGAAGACGGAGGAGAUUCCAUGUGUGGUCGGAGACGAACAUGUGUGGACCAGUGACAUCAGAUAUCAGUUAUCUCCGUUCAACCACUCACACAAGGUGGCACAGUUCUGCUAUGCUGACAAGGAGCUGAUCAACAAAGCCAUCCUGGCGUCUGUAGCAGCGAGGAUGGAGUGGGACCUAAAGCCGGUCCAGGACAGAGCCCAGAUCUUCUGUAAGGCAGCUGACAUCAUCAGUGGACCCAAGAGAGCCGAGCUCCUUGCCAAGACCAUGAUCGGACAGGGUAAGACGGUGGUCCAGGCAGAGAUCGAUGCUGCUGCAGAGCUGAUCGACUUCUUCAGAUUUAAUAGCAAGCACGCGGUCGAGCUACAGGAACAACAGCCAUUAGACGCUGGGGGAAGCACCAACACCAUGUUGUACCGUGGCCUGGAGGGCUUUGUAGCAGCUGUAGCUCCUUUCAACUUCACUGCCAUUGGUGGAAACCUGGCAAGUACCCCGGCUCUGAUGGGUAAUGUAGUCCUGUGGAAGCCCAGUGACAUGGCCAUUUCUGCGAGCUACGCUGUCUACACAGUGCUGAGGGAGUGUGGUCUACCCCCACACAUCAUCCAGUUCCUGCCAGCCAACGGCCCGGUGUUCGGAGACACCAUCACCUCCUCCGAGCACCUGGCAGGCAUCAACUUCACCGGCAGUGUUCCGACGUUUAAGCGUCUUUGGAAGCAGGUGGCCCAGAACCUGGACACCUACAGGACCUUCCCUCGACUGGCUGGAGAGUGCGGUGGGAAGAACUUCCACUUUGUCCACAAGUCUGCGGACGUUCAGAGCGUGGUGGCCGGGACGAUUCGCUCAGCAUUCGAGUAUGGAGGUCAGAAGUGUUCAGCCUGCUCCAGGAUGUACGUGCCCAACAGCCUAUGGCCACAGAUCAGGAAGGAGAUGCUGGACAUCCAUCGGAGCAUCACAGUGGGAAACCCGGUGGAAGACUUCAGCACCUUUUUCUCAGCGGUCAUUGAUGAUAAGUCAUUUGGGCGGAUAAAGAGGUGGCUGGAUCAUGCCAAGUCCUCCCCUAAUCUGAAGGUCAUUGCUGGUGGGAACUGUGACGACCGGAAGGGUUAUUUUGUGGAGCCCACCAUCGUGGAGACCAGAGACCCACGGGACCCCAUCAUGACCGAGGAAAUCUUCGGGCCUGUUCUGACAGUGUACGUUUAUCCUGAGGACAACUACAAGGAGGUUCUGCACCUGAUAGAUGGCACAUCUCCGUACGCUCUGACAGGAGCCGUGUUCGCUCAGGACAAGAGCAUUAUUGAUGAAGCAGCCAAGGCCCUGAGGAACGCUGCAGGAAACUAUUACAUCAACGACAAAUCCACCGGCGCCGUCGUCGCUCAGCAGCCAUUUGGUGGUGCCAGAGCUUCAGGUACUAAUGACAAACCUGGAGGGCCGCACUACAUCCUGAGGUGGACGUCCCCGCAGGUGGUGAAGCAGACCCAAGUCCCCCUCAGAGAGUGGAAGUAUCCCUACAUGGGCUGAGUGGGAGUCUAGGCCUGGUCCAGAUGGAGCCCUCCUUCCAGCAGCUGAGUGACACCCAGAGAUAUCUGACCAGACCUUUGCACUGAACCUGGACAUAAAUGAGAGUGGUGAGAAUGUCUUACUCCUUCGUGGGCUGCAGACACUAGGCACCACAGCACCGUGGUUCACACAGAUUCAGCUUCUGCUUAGUUCGUUAGUACGUCAAUCACAAACCGCCCCAAAGAACAGCAAGGCUUUGUUUUUAAUUAGCAUCAGAUUAGUGCGAACAAUGAUUCAGUUAAACUGAUUCUUACAAUUAUUAAGUUCAGUGAGAAAACACCGAACUUCAUAAAUGUGAUCAUUUUAGGGUUUUCUUUGUCGUCUGUGAGAGAGAAGUGAAUAUUUGUCACCUUUCCGAUGUUAUGAAGGCCAAACGAUCAGGAGGACACCUGUUGGAUGAACUGAAAAUGAAAAUAACUGUGGUUUCUGUCAUAAACCAAACUAUUAUUUGGGGUCAGUAUCAAACAUGGGAGGUAUGUUACACUGAUUUUAUUUGUCCAUUGCACUUGUAGUCUUUGUUCAUUGACGUGUGAAACAAACAUGCUAAUAAUGUUUUAGAGCUCUGUGUUAAGAGGUCUUUUCCUCUUUUGUCCUGUCUGUGGACCUCCUUUUUUUCUGUCACCGUAAAAUCAAUUUUUGUGCUUUAACAGCGUCACCAGCUUGUGGCCUCAGAUCUCGGGGUAAUCUGCUUUUCUCCAGGUAGAUUUUGAGAAACAAGCACAAAUGAUUUAGUUCAAGUUGGUUGUGUAACUGAAGCUUAGCUGAACGUGACCCUGCUGUGUUUUUAAUUUUUAACUUCCUCUUCUUCUUUAACUUGCUUGAAUACUUUUAACUUCAAGUAUUCAGGGGAACACCCCACUGCUUUUUCUUUUGUCUUUUAAUUUUCUCUGUCUGCAAACAGAUGGUUUAUAUUUUCAGGGUGCACCUGCCUUAGAAACUGUAAAUUCAGAGGUAACUUUUGACAAUAAAUAGUAAAUUAUUA